AUGAAGUUGAGGAGGAUGGACGUAUUAGACGAUUUGUCGACCAUUAACCUGGGCGAUUUAGGUGUUUUAGACAUUUUUAACAUAUGCGGAUUUACCGAAGAAGAUACUGAACUCUCGCAGGUAUGUGAUGAAAUUGAAGAAGAAAAUGCCAUAUCAGAGGGUCUGUGUGAAAAGCUGAAUUUAAAUCGUGCCGAAAAUAUGGACAGUGAAAUUGGUAUCGAGUUUGGUUCUUUCAACCUAGAUACAGUGGACCCAGUAGCUGAUAUUUCCGAUCCAAAGCCUCGACCAGUGAAAUCGGAACCCGGUGAUAAUGGUGAACGGUUUGGAAAACCGGUGACGGAUGAUGAAAUUUCAAAAUUGAUUGCGUCGAACGAGAAUGCUAACACCAAGAAAAAUACCACGUGGGCUCUCAAGGUCUUCGAGGAAUGGUGGGAGAAACGUAAUGGUAAUUCCGUUGAUGAAAUACCACUCUUAUAUUUAAUGACGGAAGAGCAGUUGAAUUUUUACUUGGGGCGUUUUAUUGUGGAAACUCUGAGAAAAGAUGGCAUUGAAUACCCUCCCCGAUCUCUCUACCUCAUAUCGUGUGGGAUAUUACGCCACCUCGGAAAUAAAAACAUCUUCGACAAAAACAUUUUGGACAGUAAUGACCCAAUGUUUCGUGAAUUCCGGAAAAUUCUUGACAGCAAAAUGAAGCGCGGGUUUGGGAGGGCGAUUAAGCAAGCAGAGCCGAUUAUGCCACAGGGUGAGGAAAACAUAACAUUUUCAAUUUUUAAGAAUGAAGACUUGCUAAAAAUAAAGUACGUGAAAUGUAAAAACAUUUACGGGCCAAAAAAAGUUCAGUUUAAUGUUACAAGAAAUAAUAAAAAUGUUUUUAAAAUUGAUUCAUUUAUUCAAAAGGAGGUGGAGCUUCCUGUGAUGUGGUAA